AUGGCGGACCGGCGGCGAAGAAGGAGACGCGCGUCGCAGGACAGCGAGGAGGACGAUGAGUCCGGUUCGGGCUCGGAGGGCGGAAUGCCCGGCUCACCGGCAACCAAGGACCGGAUAAGAGACCCGGAGCCCGCGGAGGCAGCAAGUGUCCGAGCCCCGGCGAAAAGCGACGUGGAGUCCGAGUGUGAGAGUGAAGAUGGGGUAGGAGAAGCGGUCUUGUCAGACUAUGAAAGUGCAGAUCCUGAGGAAAAUGGCUCACAUUCAGAGGCAGGAGAUGAGGAAGAGGAGGGGGAACACUACAGUGAAGAGGAAGCUCCAGCAGUGGCCAGCAAAGCCAAAGCCUCUGCUGUCCAAGGCCCUACACAGGGAGAAGAAGAGGAGGAGGAGGUGGUGGUGGUGGUGGUGGAGGAAGAAGAGGAGGGAAGGCGGAGUAAAGAGGAGGGCAAGACAAAGGAGAAAGGAAACCUAGCUGGAGAAAGACAGAGUGGAGAUGGACAGGAGUCGACAGAUGAUCCAGAGACCAAGCCAGGGGGAAAGCCCGGCCAGAAGCUCGAUGAUGACGAGGACAGGAAGAACCCUGCCUACAUCCCCAGAAAGGGCCUCUUCUUUGAACACGAUGUAAGGGGGCAUGCCCAGGAGGACGAGAGACCUAAAGGCCGUAACAGGAAGUUGUGGAAGGACGAGGGGCGCUGGGAACAUGACAGGUUCCGGGAGGAGGAGCAGGCGCCCAAGAGCAGAGAGGAACUUAUUGCCAUAUAUGGAUAUGACAUUCGCAAUGGGGGCGGGCCAGGGGAACGGCCAUACAGACAACGUCGACCCAGGUACAGCACAUCCCCUGGUAGAGACAAGCGCUGGAGAGAGGGGGGAGGAGGAGAAAGACCUGUCCGCUCAUGGCAGAGCGGGGGAGGAGGUCCCAGCCGGGGAAGUGUUCCCCCUCCUUCCUUCACCCAUUCCUCUUCCUCAUCCCACUCUCCUCUCACUGCCUCCUCCUCUCAACGCAACAACCACAGCUACACCCCCUCCAACAGGCUCCCUCCCUCCCAUCACCCUCCUCCCAACCGAAGCUUCCAGAGCAGUCGACCCUCUCAGAAUCAAGCACAGUCCCAGUACAGGAAUAAUGAAUCAAACGCACCUCAACAUCCUAGAGAGAGACAGGGUUCUAAGACUCAGUCCGAAGCUGCCCACAGCCACCGGCAGGGUUUUGCUUUGGUUGAAGGAGAAAGGGGCGGAGUCAACCGAGAGGUGCGUGGCGGAAGAGGAGGGCCUCCUUUGGUUGUGGAGGAAAUUUCUUGUCAUCAAGGGGAUUUGGAUGAAGAGGAGUCAGGGGUGACUAACACAACGACAGAAGUGUCACUGACGGCACAACCAGGUGCCUGCCAGUCGGUUUCGCCACAGCAACAACAAGAACACAGGGGCCGUGCGACGCGGUCCCGCCCUGCAUUGGCGUCCUCCUUCACCGUAGACUCCUCCCCUCAGUCAUCGUCAACUAAUCGGGAGGUUUCCCCUCCUGCUGAGCGGCCGGUGGAACGCAAGUCAUACUCGCUGGCACGCAGGACUCGCUCGCGGCCUGCAGACCUUGGGAGCAAGCAGCCUUCUGUCGAGGAGACAGCAGCUGUGGGGAGUGCUUCCUCUCCAGGGGUCACAGGGGGGAAGAGCUGGAUGGGGAGUGAUGGGUCUAACCAGGUAGUAGGAGGAAGUGGGCUGACUGGGUUGGAUUCAGAUAUGGCCCGGUUAAACUUGGGAGGACAGAACUGGACCCAGAAUCCGACGACAUACCUGCGUUCUGAGAUGAGGGGUCUCCCCAACCCUAUGCACAUGCCCAGCGGUCCGCCUCAGUUCUCUGGCAUGGAGGAGAUGGGUGUGGGUGCUAACCGGGCCAAGCGGUACUCCUCCCAGCGCCAGAGAGCAGUACCUGAGCCAACACCAACCAUGCACCUAGGGGUGAUGGAGGGCCACUACUAUGACACCAUGUCAUACCAGGGACCAAUCUAUGCUCACGGGGAUAGUGCUACACCCAUCCCACCUCAAGGAAUGCUGGUCCAGCCAGAGAUGCACAUCCCUCACCCUGGUCUCCAUCCUCACCAAUCAGGUGCCCCAAUGGCUAACCCUGCAAUCUAUGGAGGCCCGCCUGUUUCUCUAUCUCCUGGGCAACCCCAGCAACUUUUGGCUCCACCUUUCUACCCUCCUCCAGGGGUCAUGACCUUUCCAUAUCCAGCUAUGUACCCCAACCCACAGGCUCAGUCCCAAGUCUAUGGGGGUGUUACCUACUAUGACACAGUGCAGCAACAGGCUCAGCCCAAACCCUCACCCCCCCGGCGCUCCUCCCAGCCCGUUACUGUUAAGCCUCCCCCUCCAGAGGUGCCUUUUGCCUCAGAGUGACCGCUCCCCUCCUCCCCUCUCUCCUCCCCUUCCUCACCCCUUGACCUCCCCACCCAGUCUCAGCCGAAUCCACAGCCAGUCGCCACAGGAGCAGGGUGGGAUGGUUGGUGGGGAAUCUUGGUGUCCUAACAACCAGCGGCAAUAACAUCCGGGAGGGAGGGAAGGAGGGGUCUCAAGGAGGUUUGCAGUCAACUCAGAGCAUCAUUAGAGGAAUUUUUCUUCUCAUUUUACUGUUAUUUGAACCCAUAAAUUUCUUCCUGUUCAAACAAAUAACUGUUUGUCACUGGUGUUACGGGCAAGCCUGUUGCCAUGUAAAUGUCUCUCUGGGGCCGUGAAACGUGAUUAGGGGCUGACACCAUCAUGCAGUCAGUGUCAUGGGUUCCACCCCCACCGAUGAGUGUUUUGCUGAUGUCUCCUCAAGCAAAACACUGAACCUGCUACCCAAUGGCUCUGAACUAGAGUGUCAGGUUAAUCCUCCACUCUAAUCUGGGCUCCCUUCAGUUCAUGUUCAUAUCAACAUGUCAAGAGGAGCCACAACUCAUUUGCUGUUCAAGAGCAUCUGUUCUGUUUUAUUAAUGGGAUGAAUGUGACCCUGGUGUUAAGUUGAAUUGGUUGUCAGUUUUAAAAGUUGUUAUAUAUAUAUUUUUUAAUCAUUAACAGUUGUGUUUUCCUCAUGGGUUUGGUACGAUCGUUUUGCAUCAAGUUCUUGUCAACAUGUUCAUUUUUUCCAUCCAUCAUGAAUUGAAAGUGCUCCAGUCCCAUGUGGUUUAGUUUGGGACAACGUAUCUGUUAAGCAUAUAAUCUUUGACCUGAGCUGACCAGACUGUGCUCACUGUGCUUGUUUUUUGUUUUUUUUUCAUUGUUUUCAGUGUCAUAAUAACAAUGAUGACAAUGUUAUGUUUUUCUUGAUUGGUUGUGGAGAUUUUUUUUGUCCAGAAAGAGGAACAAUAAAGAGUAUA